AUGUAUCCUUCACUCUGGCUGCCUCUCCUUGCCUUGGGAAUCACCACAGCCAUCCCAGUGUUCAAUCAAAGUUUGGACACACAAUGGUCCCAGUGGAAGACACAGCAUGGGAGAGUGUAUGCCCAGGAUGAAGAAGGGCAGAGGAGAGCUGUGUGGGAGAAGAACAUGAGGCUGAUUGAUGAGCACAAUGAGGAAUACAGCCAAGGGAAGCGUAGCUUCAGCCUGGCCAUGAACGCCUUCGGCGACAUGGCCAGUGAAGAAUUCGGGCAGAUGAUGAAUGGCUUUGUCUACAAGGAACAGAGGACGGGGGAAUUGUUCUCUGAGCCUCUGUCGCUUCAGGUUCCCUCGUCUCUGGACUGGAGGGAGAAGGGCUACGUGACUCCUGUGAAGGAUCAGCGUCGCUGUGGUUCUUGCUGGGCUUUCAGUGCAACUGGCGCCCUGGAAGGCCAGAUGUUCCGGAAAACGGGCCGCCUCAUCUCCCUGAGCGAACAGAACCUGAUAGAUUGCUCUCAGCCCCAAGGCAAUGGUGGCUGUCGUGGUGGCCUGGCAUAUCAAGCCUUCCGGUAUGUGAAAGAGAAUGGGGGCCUGGACUCGGAGGACUCUUACCCCUACGAAGGGAGGAAUCUACCCUGUCGCUACAAUCCACGAAACUCCGUGGCUAAUGUCACAGGCUUUGUGCGCAUCCCUGCUCGGGAAGAGGCCUUGAUGAAGGCUGUGGCUACCGUGGGGCCCAUUGCUGUUGCUCUGGAUGCAAGCCAUCCUUCCUUCCAAUUCUAUAAAGAAGGCAUUUAUUAUGAACCUGACUGCAGAAGGAAGCACCUUAACCACGCUUUGCUGGUGGUUGGCUAUGGCUUUGAAGGGUCAGAAAUGGACAACAACACGUACUGGUUGGUCAAGAACAGCUGGGGUCAAAAAUGGGGUAUGCACGGCUACUUCAAGCUAGCCAAAGACCGAAACAACCACUGUGGGAUCGUUACAGAAGCCAGCUAUCCCACUGUGUGA